GGUGCUCAACACGUUUCAAUUGUAAUGGAUGGCCAGCUGACGUAAACUUGUAUCUGAUAUCAAUAAUGUUCCGAUUCUACAUAACAGAAAAACCAUAACGUUGAAUUUGAUAUAUAUAUAUAUAUAUAUAUAUAUAUAUAUAUGUUAUAGUAUUUAUAAAAGAGCAAAAAUACAGUCAUGGAAGAUGUAACGAUAGAGACAGCCGAGGAGAUCUUAGCCAAGCAACAUCGCAAGGAGAAGAAGGACCUGCAAGCUCAAAUCCAGAGCAUGAAAAAUGCUGUCCCCAAAAAUGACAAGAAGAGGCGUAAACAGCUGACUGAGGACAUCGUGAAGCUGGAGGCUGAGCUGAACCGGAAACACAACGAGGAACUCCAACAACUGGACUCAUCAGGAGAGAAGACGGUGGACGAUGUUGUGAGUGGAGUAGAGUCCCUGGCUUUGGAAGGAGAGGAGGAGCAGAAAGAUGCCAAACAAGGGGGAGGUCCGUCCAAGGCGCAGAAGAGGCGGGACAAGAAGGCAGCCGCGGAGAAGGAGAGAGAGCGCCGUAUAGCGGAGGCUGAGGUGGAGAACCUGUCUGGGCUGCGACACCAGGAGGGACUGAAGUUGUCCCAGAAACUGGUGGGGCGCCAGCUGCAGAUCAGGGAGAUUUCCUCAGAUGGUCACUGUAUGUACCGCGCUGUGGAGGACCAGUUGGGGCAGCAUGGCUUAGGUCUGACCCUGAAGGACCUCCGGGCCCAAACCGCUCAGCACAUGAGGAGCCACACAGACGACUUCCUUCCCUUCCUCACCAACACCAACACAGGGGACAUGUACACGCCUGGUGAGGACGACCUGUUCUGUUCCUCUGUGAUUCAUGUGUGCUGUUACUUUGUUUCCUAACAGCUGAGAGCUCUGACACAGGUCCUUCAACGGCCAAUAGAAGUGCUCCAAGCUGAUUCCCCAGCUAUAAUGAUUGGAGAGGAGUUUGACAAGUCACCCAUCACCCUUAUUUACAUGCGUCAUGCGUACGGACUGGGAGAACACUACAACUCAGUGGAAGGUAUGAAAGACCCUGCUACUCAAGAGGAGACCUGAGACUCUCAUUCAGUUCCGUUAUAAAGAAUGAUAAAGUCAACUAUACCGAAUGAAUAUAUAAACACAACCUGUAAAGUGUUGGUCCCAUGUUUCAUGAGUUGAAAUAAAAGAUCCCAGAAAUGUUCCAUAUGCACAAAUUUGUUUACAUCCCUGUUAGUGAGCAUUUCUCCUUUCCCAAGAUAAUCCAUCCACCUGACAGGUGUGGCAUAUCAACAAAAAAAAGCUGCUUAUACAGCAUGGCCAGUACACAGGUGCACCUUGUGCUGGAGACAAUAAAAGGCCCCUCUAAAACGUGCAGUUUUGUCACACAACACAAUGCCACAGAUGUCUCAAGUUUUGAGGGAGUGUGCAGUUGGCAUGGUGACUGCAGGAAUGUCCACCGGAGCCGUUGCCAGAGAAGUGAAUGUUAACUUCUCUACCAUAAGCCGCCUCCAUUUUAGAGAAUUUGGAAGUACGUCCAACCGGCCUCGCAACCUUCAAACCACGUGCAUGGCGUUUUGUGGUCGAGCAGUUUGCUGAUGUGUAUGGAUAGCAAUUUGAAUGCACAGAGAUACCGGGACGAGAUCCUGAGGCCCAUUUUUUUUUUUUUUUUAGGUAUCUGUGACUAACAGAUGCAUAUCUGUAUUCCCAGUCAUGUUAAUUCCAUAGAUUAGGGCCUCAUGAAUUCAUUUCAAUUGACUGAUUUCCUCAACGCCGUAAAAUCAAGGACAUUGUUGCAUGUUGCGUUUUAAUAUUUUUGUUCGGUUUAUAUGGUGUUAUCAGAUUUACAGGUUUACUGUCUAAAUGAAGGGUUUGCCAUCCAUGGAAUUUAAUGAGAGAGAGGAGUGAGAGAGGCAAUAAUUCCACUCUGUGGCGACUGAGAGACUAGUUUGCCAUCCAUGGAAUUUAAUGAGAGAGAGGAGUGAGAGGCAAUAAUUCCACUCUGUGGCGACUGAGAGACUAGUUUGCCAUCCAUGGAAUUUAAUGAGAGAGAGGAGUGAGAGAGGCAAUAAUUCCACUCUGUGGCGACUGAGAGACUAGUUUGCCAUCCAUGGAAUUUAAUGAGAGAGAGGAGUGAGAGGCAAUAAUUCCACUCUGUGGCGACUGAGAGACUAGUUUGCCAUCCAUGGAAUUUAAUGAGAGAGAGGAGUGAGAGAGGCAAUAAUUCCACUCUGUGGCGACUGAGAGACUAGUUUGCCAUCCAUGGAAUUUGAUGAGAGAGAGGAGUGAGAGAGGCAAUAAUUCCACUCUGUGGCGACUGAGAGACUAGUUUGCCAUCUAUUGGAAUUUGAUGAGAGAGAGGAGUGAGAGAGGCAAUAAUUCCACCUAACUCUGUGGCGACUGAGAGACUAGUUUGCCAUCACAGUGAGCUGAGGACGAAUUGGAAGUAGCUUUUCCUUCAUCAGAUCUUGUGAAUACUCCUGAAAUCACCAUGGGAAUGUUAUGUAUUAAAUAUCGCUCUCAUGUGCUGUUAUUUCCUGUGACUGAAAGGCUGAUUGUCUGUUGUGAAUGUUGAUGGACAAUGCAACUAUCAAAAUGGUUUUAAUUCAAUAAUAAACCAGAACAUAUUGUCAUGUUGAAUGCCCAAUGUGCCAAUUUGAGGCAUUUUUUUUUCCAUUGAUCGGGACACAUUCAGGGGUUUAGCUCUUAUAGCAGCUAGAUUGGUUCUGAAGUUCAGACAAUACCAGAAGGAAAUAGAAAAAUAAUAUCCUAAAAUAAAAACAGAUUUCCAGCA